UUUAUCAAUUUUUUGAAGCAAAAGCUAGUGAUUUCUUGAAAAUUUUUACAUUUUACUACUAGAAUUGAACUAUUCAUUUUUAAGUUUUCUUACCGUAUAUGUCGACUGGAUUGUUUGUAUUUCAACGGAAUCUGUAUGUAGGAAAUUAUCCUUUUGUGUUCAGUGUCCAAGUCAUCAAACCUUACACCUGAAAUCAUCUUAUGUUUCGAAUGUUGUGAUGGAUUAAAAUAUUUUAUUACAAAAUGGCAGCUUUCCAGAUCACAAUCACACCGCCAGUGAGGAGAAUUGCGAAGACAGAAAAACUUGUGGAAUACGUUACACCUAAAUUGGUCCUCGCACCUUUCAAUCCUACUCCCGAAAUUGGAUUUGGUUCGGUGACGGUGAACGCCAAAGUAACGAAACCUCUGAUCAUCUAUAAUCCGAAUCCUCAAUCGAUUACCGUACAACUAAAAAAUAUUGAUCCCGAGGACCGUAUCUCACUAAGUGAUUCUAUUGUGCAACUGAAUCCUCGAGAAGAAAAAGAAAUUUAUGUAUCAUGGAGCCCACUACAAAGUGGUUAUUUGAGAAAAAUUAUUCGCGUUCAAGAUGCUUGCAGAAAAGCCCGUUCUUUCGAUGUAAUUCUAAACGGCACGUGUGAUAGUAAUAAGCCUAAUGACAGAAAGAAACGGUUAAAGGGUGCAAACAGCAAAUCAAAAAUGGGUAUUUCGAAUCAGAGGAAAAAUGAUGGAAACAUACAAUCGCAUAAAUGUGUCGAUGCGGACAUUCGAAGACAAACUUACUUGAUCGAAGAAAAAGAGAACUGUGUUCCGAACGAAUUACUCAACAAUGGAUCGGCCAUAUUUCGUACUAGCUCGCCCAAGUAUCAAAGCUCCAACAUGACCAGCUAUUUCAACGACGAUCCCCGCUUGUUCGACCAUACUGAUGCGUAUACGAAGUAUUCGAAUUUCGAAUCCGAGUUGAAGUUUAAUGCUGAAAUGUCGAGCUUACAUUCGAGCGAUGGGACCAACUCGUGUCGUCGUGGUACUUAUACCUUGAAUUCCGAAGUUGUAAAGAAUCCUUUCUCGUUAACCAGUGUCGAUGAAUUGGACGGAUCUUUACCAGAUACUACAAAUUCUCACGACAGUCUGUGUAAAGAAGAAAACGCUAGAACUCCGACUGAACAAAAUGUUACAUUUGAUGCGAACGUUACUCCAGAAAACAUUCGUUUAACGCCUAUUAAAAGUCUCAGUUGUCUGAUGACACCUGCCGCUGAAUUUCCUGAAUUAUUUGAAACACCUCGAGCAUCCGCUGAUUGUUAUCUUACUCGCGAUUUGUCGGCCGAUUCGUUAUCGUUUGGCAACAAAAAAACUGAUUUAUUAUUUAUUUCUCCGCCAACCAAAGUGAUAUCCUCGAAAAGAUCACCCGAUCACAUGAAAGUUCGUCGUCAUGUAAGCUCGGCUAUCUCGGAUAGAAAAAGACAUCUCAAAACUAGUAUCUUACUGCGAAGAAAGUCUCCUCCCAGUGCUUUGAGAAUGAGCAAAGUGAUGCCUUCCGUAGAGAAAAUCAGAAGUCACGACCCGAGCUGUUUAAAACAAGUAUUGAGGUCUCAUAUCGAUGAUCCUUUCUUGAAACAAUCCUUAUAUUGUGACGAAAACUGGAUUGAUCGUCAAGAAAAAGAUAUUAUUAAAUGGAUGAACUCUCUUCUUACUCCGCCAGUUGAACUGAACGAAGAAACCGAUUGGACUGUCGACGCUGCCGCAGUUUGGUUGAAAAGUUGUCGCGAUGGUAAUCUAAAAAGUGUCCCUUCCGUCGAUAAUAUUGCUGCAGCAGUGUAUUACCAUUCGCCUCAACGGUUAGAUACUCUUAGAAAAGUGGCCUCUUCUCUUCUUACAACUGAACCUAUCCGCUCUGUUUUCGCGAGCAUCGCGACCGUUACUCAAAAAAAAAUUAUCAGCGUUCGAGAGGACAGAGAUUUACAUCUCGACCAAGGCUUGAAGAAUAAAUUAAUGCAGUUGUUAUCGUGUUAUAAUCCAUUAUGGUUACAAAUCGCUCUCGAAGCAAUAUACCAUCAGAAAAUUACCAGACAAGGGAAAGCCGAUGUUGGUGGAUUAGGCUGGUUUAUUCGUAAACAUGUGCUGACUAGUACAAUUUCCAACAAAAAGAAUGCUCAUCCGGCUGUGUUACAAAUGACCAAACCCACUUUCAAAGAUCAAGUUAAGAAAUACAUUCUGCAGAAAUUUCUGUGCCUGAUUUAUUUUCUAGACCAAGCUAAAACGCGAAAAUUGAUACGUCAUAAUCCGUGCCUAUUCGUGCUGACCUCUGAACACAAAUCGAGUCAAGAUCUAUUGUUGGCAUUCUGCGGGGAUUUAGUCGUUGGUCGCGGCGACAUCACUAAACAUCUGAAAGCUAUUAAUUACGUGCUGCGAUACAAGCAAACCUGCAUCGACGAAUACGACUACAGCAUAACGAGCCUGCACGAUUUAAAAGAUGGAGUUCGUCUGACUCGUUUAUUCGAAAUUUUAUUCAACGAAGCGGAUUUAUGUUCGAAACUACGAGUUCCGGCUAUUUCGAUUUUACAAAAAAUUUACAACGUUUCGGUAGCGAUGAAAGUGGCCGAAAGUAAAUGCACUAUCGAGGGCGAUAUAACAGCUAAAGAAAUCGUUAGUGGACAUCGCGAAAAAAUCUUAUCAUUUUUAUGGCAAAUCAUCAACAAUUACAUAACGCCGUUGUACGAAAAAUCAGCUACUACGAUACAACGAUGGUGGCGCCGAAAAGUUCUACCUACGUUAGAGCUAAAAAGGCAACAAGAACGAAAAUUGCACGCGAGUGCCUCCAUUAUUCAAGCAACUUGGCGUGGUUACUCGUGUCGAAAAAACUUUGCAGCUGUGUACGCGCAGAUAAAAGAAGAACGUACUAAAUUGCGAAGGGCAGCCAUCGUAUUGCAACGUAAAUUUAGAGCAACGAAGGAAAUGCGUAAGCAAAGGGAAACAUACACGUCGACUAUUUCAGCUUGUAUUAAAUUGCAAGCGUGGUGGCGUUGUAAAUUGCAACGACGAAAAUUUCUCCAUACAAGAUCUACAAUUAUAUCGAUGCAACGUCGUUAUCGCGCUAAAAAACGAACGAUACGCCACCGUGAAGAUUUUUUACGAACGAAACGAUCCGCACUAACGAUGCAAAGGCUAUUUCGAGCGAACCGUAUGAUGCGAAUUCAACGACAAAAAUUCUUAAAUUUGAAGAAUUCGGUGAUUUUCUGUCAGAGGAAAUUUAGAGCCAAUUUGGAAGCCAAAAUUGAGCGUAAACGAUACCUGUCUGUGAAAUCGGCUGCCAUUUGUAUUCAGACUAAAUUCAGAGCUAUGCGGCUCAUGAAACGAGACCGUCAACUAUAUUUCACGUUGAGAGCGAACGUUAUUUGUGUACAACGAAAAUUUCGAGCUUUAAAGGCGAUGAAACAGCAGCGAUUACGUUAUUGUGAACUGAAAAUGGCAACGAUUUGCAUUCAGCGAAGAUUUCGCGCUAAUAAAAUGAUGCAGAAACAACGCGAACAUUAUAUUAAAUUGAAGUCCGCAGCUGUUCAUCUGCAACGUAAAUUCAGAGCUACCAGUUCGAUGAAACGUCAACGAUUGGAGUAUUUACGGUUGAGAAACGCCGCUGUUGUGGUUCAGCGAAAAUUCAGAGCCAACCGAUUGAUGAAACGCCAUCAUCUAGAAUAUCGAGAAUUGAGAAAAUACAGCGUUCUGAUACAACGUCGAUUCAGAUGGAAACAAAUUAUGAAAUCGGACAGAUGCGAGUACUUGAAAUUGAAAACCGCGGCCAUAAAUGUGCAAAGAUUAUUCCGAAUGAAACGUCAACUUGUACUGGAUCGAAAUCGUUUCUUAAAAGUUAAACAGUCCGUCGUCAUCAUUCAAAAUAAAUUUAGAGCUUAUAAAUUAGCAAAACGCGAACGCGAAUCGUACGUUGAAUUAAAACGAACCGUAAUCCUGAUUCAGCAACGUUACCGAGCCAAUCGCUUAAUGAAACAUGAACGAAAUCGAUACAUUCUUCUGAAAACUCACGUUAUUCGAGUGCAAACUAUAUUCAGAGCGAAUCGCGCUAUGAAAAUAGAACGCAAACGUUAUUUAGAAAUAACCAACGCCGCCCUAUGUAUUCAGAAACAGUUUCGGGCAAAUCGCCUAAUGAAACAAGAAUUACAACGAUACACGAAACUUCAAUCUGUAGUCGUUUCCAUGCAGCGUAAAUUCAGAGCUAAUUUGCGCAUGAGAACUGAUAGAAACCGAUUCCUCGAGUUGAAAAUGGUUUGUAUCUUUAUUCAACGGAAAUUUAGAGCGAAUAUUGCCAUGAAAAAGCAUCGCGACGCUUACGUCGAGUUGAAAAAUAAUACGAUUCUUAUACAACAAAGAUUCAGAGCUAAUCGAGCGAUGAAAUUUGAACGAAACCGAUACCAAAGUUUGAAUAAAGCAGUCAUUACCAUACAGCGAAAAUAUCGAGCUGUUUCGCUAGCUCGUCAAGAGCGUGACGAUUUUCUUCGUCUGAAACGAACAACGUUAUUUGUUCAAAGGACGUAUAAGCGUAAAUUACUCGCUCGAAAUACACGUGAAGAGUUUUUAAGUUUGAAAUCAGCCGUCGUAACUGUUCAAAAAAUCUUCAGAAUGAACAGGAAUGCCCGAAUUCAACGUCGAGAGUUCUUGAAAACUAAACAAGCCGCAGUCACUGUUCAACGAAAGUAUAGAUCUUUAAAGAGCAUGCGAAUUAUGAGAACGGAAUUUCUGCGUCUCAGAAACGCGGCGAUAGUAAUUCAAAAUUGGUACCGUACAAUACACACUCAACGACUAAAAAUGCAAAUCGAAAAUGCCAAAAUAAACGCUGUAAAAGAUAGUGCCGCUGUUAAAAUACAAGCCCUUUGGAGAGGAUAUCAAUCGAGAAAGAAAAACGUCAGACAGCGCAAAUCUGUCACACUUGUUAAAAAGCAAAAUCCUAAUUUAGAUACCAAAAUUACUUUAGAAGAACGCUAUAAAAAAGCAAUUUUACAAUUGAAAACUAGCGACAUGUAUGACGUUAUUACCCAUGCACUCUGGAAUUUAGAAUCAGUUACUACGUUAUCGGCCAAAUUAUGCGAAGGAGUAGCUGCCGAACAUAUAAUUCCAAUCAUUUUUGAUCUAAUGGCAAGAGGAAAUCGUUCCGAGCCUUCUUUAGAGAUUUAUCGUGCCAGUUGCAGUAUUCUCAUCAACUUAGCGAGACACAAGCCAACGAAAAUUGUUUUAUGGGAAACUAUCAACAAAGUUGAUGAUAUUUUCCUAAUUUUACACAUCAUGAAAAUAACUCAUGACAAGCCACAAGUACCAGUGUUCCGCUACGCUUCGACUUUGUUAUGGUUAUUAUGCCAGGAUGUUUCUGCGGCUCAGACCGUUGCCGGUCUAUACUCGCUUCAACAACAAAUUGAAAAAAUGUUGGAGAAACUGAAAAGAGUGCAUCUUAAAACUCCGCAUCUGAAAAAAGCUGUCAUACCGUUACCGAAGACUGAAGCCGAUUGGUUCCCAGAACCGAAACGUCGGAUAUUUGAAAAUAAUUACGUAGCUAUUAUCAACGUUCAUCGUAUUUUGUUUAAUCGCUGAUGUAAUUUUUAAAUAAUUAUUGCCAUCAUUCUAUUCAUUAUUUUAAAAUCCAGGUUGGUUCGUAUAUGUAUAUUUAAAAAUAAUUUAUCUCAGUUCGUGUGAAAUUCGUGAUCAAUUUAGUCUAGUAGGAUUUUUAAUUGUUUUUUAAUAUGAAUUUUCUAAUAAUAAAAUGUACUUGGUGAAUAUUUUUUUAUUGUCAUCUAUUCGUUAUUUUAAAAUCUAAGUAAAUACGUGUAUUUAAUAUGAUUUGUCCAAGUUGGUGUAAAAUUCGUGAUCAAUUUAGGCUACUUUAAGAUUUUUAAUUGUUUUUAAUAAUAUGAAUUUUUAAUAAUAAAACGUAUUUGAUGAUUA